AUGCUAUUUUUCAAAUAUUCAGUCCCUUUGAUUGCAGAAGAUAGCAAUUUUUCUCCAAAAGCCAGCACCAGUAAGCUGCCGACAGAUGCGUCUCCCGACUCCAAGUGCCCCAUCUGCCUGGACAGAUUUGACAACGUGGCAUAUCUGGAUCGCUGCUUGCACAGGUUCUGCUUCCGCUGCGUGCAAGAGUGGUCCAAGAACAAAGCAGAAUGCCCGCUCUGCAAGCAACCCUUCUUCUCCAUUUUCCACACGAUUCGUGCUGAAGAUGACUUCAAGGAGUACAUCCUCAGCCCUUUAGAAACAAGCUCUUUUGCCAGCCCCGACGGCCGGAGGUUUCGUUACCGCACCACCUUGACGAGGGAACGCCGCGCGCGCGGUUCCCCUUCUCGAAGGAUGCCGUCUCCUCCGGAUAACGGGAUGUUGUUUGAAGGGCUGUCGAGCGAGCCGGCGCGACACAGGCACAGGGAGAUUCAGCAGAUGCUCAGGAGGCUGGCCUCAAGGAGGAAGGCCAGCGCGGAGGGCAGAUCUCUGAGGCAGAUCCAGGAGGAGGACAUGAUCACCUUCCGCAGGGCUCUGUACCGCACCGGCGUGCGCAUCCGCAGCAUCCAGGACGGCGGCCGAUACCGAGAGAUUUCGGCCGAGUUCUUCCGCCGCAACCCUGCUUGCCUUCACCGCCUGGUUCCUUGGCUGAAGCGAGAGCUUACGGUCCUGUUUGGUGCCCACGGGUCUCUGAUCAACAUUGUGCAGCACAUCAUCAUGAGCAACGUAACCAGGUACGAUCUGGAAAGCCAGGCCUUUGCUGACGACCUGAAGCCAUUUCUGCUGAAUCGGACAGAGCACUUUCUGCACGAAUUCAUCAGUUUUGCUCGUUGUCCUUUUAACUUAGAAGCAUACGAUCAACACGCCAAUUAUGACUGUCCUGCCCCGUCGUAUGAGGAAGGAAGCCACUCAGACUCAUCAAUUAUUACAAUAUCUCCCGAUGUGGCGUACCCGCAAGGGCCGGAUAAUAGUUUGUCUGUUCCUGGCCUUGGUCAGGCCCCGUGGGAUGAUGAAACUCCAGGGCCUUCCUAUUCCGUUUCAGAAGAGGUUCGUGCAACCAUAGCUUCUCCUCUGGAGUCAUCAGAAAGUUCUGACGAGGACUCUGCUUCAGGGAGCCGAAGAACCAAGCUGCAGACUGAGUUACAGGCCAAUGCUGACUCAAACGACAGUGGCUCUUCCUCAGACAAUUGUGUCAUUGUUGGGUAUGUUAAGCCGCUGGCUGAGAGGACCCCAGAAGUGGUCGAGCUGUCCUCUGACUCUGAGGAGUCCAUCAAGGAAGAGAAAAGGGAAGAGGUCAAGAAACAGCGACCAGUUCAGUGUCACAGCUGGAGUGACAGUGAACCAAGCAGGAGCUUCUCACCACAUUCCCCAACAUACAGGGAGGAUGUAGGAGGUUGCAGAAGGUAGAUACAGUGCCAUUAAAAGACCAUGUGAGCUUGUCGUUAGAGCUUAAUUUGUAGCUUGCCUGUCAUCAGAAUAUUGCCAAUUUCAUACCUUGAUUUCAAGUUACUGAAAAGCUGCAUAUGCCUGCCUGCAGAUAAUAAGAUUGGAAUGACUGGGCUGGGCAACACAGGAAAAAAAUGCCUGAAUUCCAGGAAACAGAAACUCCUCUGUGAAAAUGUCUUUUCAAUCAAUUGUAAUUACAGCUGUCCACUGAUAACCUCAGGGCUGGCAUGAGACAUUAGAUUAAUGCCAUCAAGUUGCUGGACUUCACAGCCAGACUGAUUUAAUGAGUUGCCUCAAAAGGUGUUAUAACGGAUGUGAGUUAAUCUCCUCACUGCAUGACUGGAUCUCGUUGUUCCAAAUCAAGUUCCCCAGUCUGGCAGACAGUGCAGCCUGGAACAUUAGCUUAGCAACAAGGGCUAAGCCAUUGGAAAGCAUCUUUUCUACAGGUAGAGGUAGAAAAUGCUGCUUAAAUACUAUUUUAUUAAUUCUUUGAUUCACGAGGACAAUAGGGGAUACUGCCAGUUUUCAGGACAAACACAAUCAAAGUUUUUUUAGUAUUGAUCUUCUCGGGAGAGCAGAAAACCCUACCUUGCAUGAAGUUUGCCUAUUUCCUCACUCCUGUGUCCUCAUACAUUUUAUUUAGAUACAUACUUCACAUGCCAGCUUCCCUUUAUGAAUGUUCAGUGGGAAAUGCACUUCACUCCCAGAAAAGCAUUCCUGACAUUUCUUUCUUAUAUUAGCUCUGUCCUGACACAGGAAAAGCCAACAUGGAACUUCUUGUGUUCACUGGAGAACUUGGGAGUGGAGGGAUCCUGAGUCAGUGUUGGGAGAGAGAUGUAUGAGAUGAGACUUAAAAGCUAACAAUAUGCCUUUCUGUUCAAGUCACACUCCUCCUGUACCAUCAGAAGACCCUAAUGAAAGGGAAAAAUAAAUCAAGGGUGUUGAUUUUUGCACUGUCAAUUGAGACUCUGUCCAGGAAACAGAGCGUACUUGAUAAUAUACACUUUCGUAGAUACUUGAAGUGUGUUGGAUUAUGUUGGGCUUUGUUAAUGGUAAAAAUUACCUUCUUAUUCUUUUGUUACCUUGUUAUCACUGUAAGUAAUUGGCAACUUUUUCACUGAAGUUCACCUGAUAAUUUUGAAGCAUUUAGACAGGUUUGUUUCAAGUUGCUAUUAUCAAUGUCACUAGGAGAAUAUAAAGUAUGUGACUGAUGCAUAGUUAGGCACCAGAAACAAGUCAAGAAGGCCAGCUGUAGAAAUAACUUUCUGGUUAUCCUUCAUAUUCCACAUGGCUUUCUGAAAAUCAAAAGGCUUUAUAUAUGAAUGGUAAAAAUGUCUCACUGCAUGCAUGGGUUAAUUCCAUGUUUUUCUCUUCAUUCUGUUUAAUAAAAGCUGUAGUUUAACAUUAGUUAGAUUAGUUUUGAACAUUUUGGUAGCUAUGGAAAGAUGAAGAGCAGCAAGCAGAUGAAAUGAUCAAUGGUUUUCAGCAUGCAUCAUCCCUGUGGCAUCUCUCUGCCAUAUCCCCCUUAUGAAAAAUCCAUUAAUUUAGGUUACUUUUUUGAUAAAAGUUUUUGCUUCAGAAGACAAAACGUCUGCUCUGAGUCUAUGCAAGGAGUUUGUGAUCUUUGCCUGUCAGAAACACCUUGUGUAUGUGGCAAAAGGCUGGGCACUUUCAGGGAGAAAAAAUACAGAUAAUGUCCCAAAUUCAGGCAGUGAUUACAUAUGUUUUUCCACCUUAAACUGCUUAAGCUGAUGUGAUGAUGCAUUUUGGAGCAGUGUUGCUGUGGCAUCGCAAAACCCCUUGCAUCUCUUCCCCUUAGAUGUUUGUACUCUCAUGCAGGCAGUAAGUGCAUUGCUGAUUUAUGUCUGAUUCACAUUCUUAAAGCACCCAGGAGAAAUCUGGGAACAGAGCAUGGAGUAAUAAUUCAUUGAUGAGUCUGGCCCAUGGAUGAAAACCAAGACACCAAUCUUUCAGCAAAAACUAGAUGGCCUAGGAUGAAAGCCUAGUUGGACAAUUUAAGCUAGAUAUCUAAUUCUUGGAUGGCUGUAAAGAGAAAAUAUCUAUCUAAGUUCUCAUAUGUUGACCUAAUCAGUUUCAUACUAGAGUAAUUCAAAUUAUACAUGCAGGCAUGGGAAGAGAAUGAAAUCCUUAAAAUAAUUACAGAUUUGUAAAUAUGGAAUAUAAAACAGGUUUUAUCUCCUGUCUUUUAAUUGUGUGUUAGUUCUUUAUGCUGCUUGAAAGCCUCAUUCAAGGCUCUUGAUAACAUUAAAGCACCAUUUUUACACUGUAGAGUAUGAGACUCUUGCCUCUGUCUACUUUACUAUUUUCAAAGGAACAUUGUGUGAACUUAGCAAAAACCCAACUUCACUUUGAGUUUUUCACUUUCAAAUUGUGGCAAGUUGUGCUUGAACUUAUUAUAAAUGUAGCAAAGGAAGAAACAGGCUUUUUUCUACUUUUUUUUUCACAGGCGUGGCUUUGUGUCUACUGAGCUAGUUGUGCCAGGAAAGAGUCAAACUUUAGUUUGGUGGGUAUGGUCUUGUUUUCUAAAGGGCAAGUGGUUUUAGAAGUCUCUACUUUGCAUUUUUUUCCCUGGGAGGGAUGAGGAUGUGUGCCUGAUUUGACAGCUCUCUACAUUCACAUGCAUGACAUCAAUCUUUUUUUUUUUUCAUUUGGGCUUUUCACACAACAUAGCAGGGAAAAAAGCAUUUCUUUUAGUGAAAAAUAUGCCUGUGAACAUGUAAA